AGGUCCAUAUGGAAUCGAACAAGAAUAUAUUUGUAGUUUUAAGCUGAAAAUGAUUCAGUAGCAUAAUAAUGCUAUUAAAAAUAGCAAUCAACUCCAAUAAGGAAUGAUGCAAUCAAUGGACCAUGACCAUAUUUACAAAAGCGAAUCUCUUCGUGUGUGGCACCAUAUGUCUACUGCUGGUGCUCAACUUCUUGUGGACCUCAGAGUCGGACGGAGCCAGCAGCUCAUCACUGAGCAAGCUGAGCAUACGACGUGUGCACAAGUAUGCCCACAUCCACAAUCGAAACGACAGCGUAAAUGGCAUUGGCAGCGAUAAAGAGGUCAACACACACAUUUCGGGGCAAAAGUUGCCUGCCGCUCCAUUGGCACUGUCUAAAGAACGCGACCAGCACAUCGGUCGCAACUCAACCUCAACGACUGUGAUUGCGAUUGCAAACUUUACUUCCAUUCCACAAGACUUAUCGCACGCACAUCCGCAAGAUUAUGCAAAUAGCACACUUAAGCCGCAAUUGCAUCCCACACAAAACUGCACUGAUCCCGAUCCCAGAGAUGGUGGCCCCAUCACGCCCAACACAACACUGGAAUCUCUUGAAAUUGUCGAGGCAGAGCUGGCACCUUUGCUGCGCCCUGGUGGAGCUUAUGAGCCUGCAGAUUGCAUUGCUCAAUAUCAUGUUGCCAUUGUCGUGCCCUUCCGCGACCGAUACGCACACCUCUCGGUCUUCCUACGCAAUAUACAUCCGUUCCUAAUGAAACAGCGCAUUGCCUAUCGAAUAUUUAUAAUAGAGCAAACCAAUGGGAAGCCUUUUAAUCGUGCUGCCAUGAUGAACAUUGGUUACUUGGAGGCCUUAAAGCUUUAUCAGUGGGACUGUUUUAUAUUCCACGAUGUCGAUCUUUUACCUUUGGAUGAGCGCAAUCUGUACAAUUGUCCACGCCAGCCGCGGCACAUGUCCGUUGCAAUUGACACGCUGAACUUCAAGUUGCCUUAUCGUUCAAUAUUUGGUGGAGUUUCUGCCAUGACACGUCAGCAAUUCCAGACUGUUAAUGGCUUUUCGAAUUCGUUCUUUGGCUGGGGUGGCGAGGACGACGAUAUGUCUAACAGAUUGAAACAUGCUAACUUAUUCAUAUCACGUUAUCCGAUAAAUAUUGCUCGCUAUAAAAUGUUGAAACAUCAGAAGGAAAAAGCCAAUCCAAAACGUUACGAAAAUCUACAGAAUGGCAUCAGCAAAAUUGAAAUGGAUGGCAUAAAUUCUAUCAAAUAUGAAAUCUAUAGCAUCAAGGAUUUGGCAACCUAUACUUGGUACUUAGCUGAGCUAAAGAAUUCCGAGCGAAAGAGUUAGCCAAAUACAAUUGCAGUCUGUUUACGAAUAACUCAAAAACCAAACAAAACUAAGACAAACCAUUUGGAAAACGCGAAUCUCAAUUUCGUACAAUAUUUACUUAUGUAUGUACAAAUGACAAAAUUACUUUUUCGAAGUAGCCUAAAUUAUCUCAAAUAAUAGACACACAAAUAUUGUGUAUGUAGCAGUAUGUCCAGUCAAUAUAGAAAUACCAUAUGUACUUCAGUAGUGCAGCUAGCCCCAUUUAAUAUUCUACAUAUUCUAAUGGAUAUGUGGACUUUGUUGAUUUUUGUUUCUUUCUCAUAAUUUUUCCUCAAAAUCUCUCUUCAAAGAAAAGCAAAAAAAAAAAAAAAAGACAAAAAUUCUACACCAAUUCCUACAAGGUGAAAUGUAGAUAUUACUUUUGUGAUAUACAAAUUGUUAUUUGAUCAGAAAACGAUAAUUAAAAGAGAACAAAAAUUCUUGUAACUUCGGUACUCCGAAUCGUACACAUACCCUUGCAGAUGGCCCGUAGAGUAACAGUCCGAUAUACUAUAUAAUGAAGUAUUCAAUAUCAUGAAAGGCAACUUUCUUGACUGAUUAAUCCAAGAGCAGCUAUUUAGUAAUCCGAUCCAACUAGCAGAGGCCAAAAGCAGCAGCCGCCGUGUGCUGCUGUUAAGCUAAAAACGACUCUAAAAUUAUAUCACACUCUGCAAGGGUGUUUAUUAUCUACCAUACUUUAAUAUACAAUACCAAAUGUAAAACUUAUUAAAAUACAUUUUACUAUAC